AGAGUGAAGUCAGAGGAUUGAUCCCUCUUGUGAACGCACACGCAGGCAGGCUGUAGAGGAUCAAAACCGCCAUCGCCUCCGCCUUGGCCUGCCUUUGACCUUCAGCAACCCAAGCGGCCACCUUUCCCUUCCCAACCGCCGACUCGCCGCCGCCCGCCCGUCCCUCCAUCUUCUCAAAGAAAGUGAGUCAAUUGAAGAGGCCCGCGCCGCGCCCCAGACUAUGCUCUUCUAGCAAUUGCAUAUUUGGAUGGAUGAUGUUUAUGGAAGAAUAGAGUUCUUCCCCCAACACUUUGUACCAUCGAAAGAAUCCAUGGAGACUCCUGAUGGUUUAUCCACAAGUAAGAAUAACCUGGAUACUUCACCAAGUUCACAAAGACAUUCUUUAACUCCAAAACGAGUUAAGGGAGCUGCAUCUCUUCUGCAUUUGCUGUCAAUUCCUCGCAUUAGGUGGUCCACAAGCAAUGAGGACGAUGAUAAGAUCGAAUUAACCAGAGCUGAAGUAGAGUCGUUGCGAGCCGAAAUUGCUGAUGCUGACGAAAGGGAAUCCCACUUAAAAGCUCGGUUGGAAAACAUUGAUGAAGUUUUGAGAUACGCUCGUCUUUCUGGAUAUCUCUACAUUAGAAGUAGAUGGACUCAACUCCCUGGAGAACCACCCAUCUUAGAUGAUGCUGAUGUGGAUGAUUGGCUUCCACGCUUUGUUGUUCUACAGGGACAGUGCGUAUACUAUUAUCUGAAAUGUACAGAUUUGAGUCCGCAAGAAUCUACAUUGCUAUGUGAUAUUGUUGAAGUAGGACAGCUUCCGAAUUUUGUGCCAGAAGAUGAGAAGACAAGAUACGCGUUUUACCUAUUGACCCGCCAAGGCUUGAAGUUUGAAUGCUCCAGUACGUCUGAAAUACAGGUUGAUUCAUGGGUAAGAGCACUAAGAAGUGAUAGCAAAUUGUGGGAUGGUGCUGUCGAGGAUAAAAACAAGAGUAGCCAAGAAGAUGAGUCAUGGUAAUGGUACAUAUAUGUGUUUAAUUCCCAUGUUUGUUAGAUGUAUGCACAGUACGGUACAGGAAUUGGUUGGUGCUGCUACAAGGAAAUUUGUUUUCUCCUUGAGAGUUUGUUGAUGCUUUAGUUGCACUAGAAGCAACUGAAAUGUGUAUACAAAUACAAUAGUACAUACAUGUAAAGCAGCAGCAGUAACACAAGAUGCAUGACAUGUAUAGAUUUCCUC